AUGGACUGGUACCAAGGCCUGCAUAAGUACUCUGAUGAAAAUUCGGUUUGGAAAGUUGGGAGUGGGGAUAAAAUUAACGUUUGGAAGGACAAUUGGUGUGGUCAAUCGUUAGUAUCGCUUUUGCAAAUUCCUGAAUAUAGGCAUAACAAUCUGAAAUCUACUUUGAGUGAUAUUAUUCAGAAUAAAUGUAUCAUUCUGCCUUCCUUGUUAGUCAGCCUGCAUUCGAAUUUAUCCCAGUUGGUCGCAGAGGUUUGUCCUAAUGUGUUACAAGCCGAUAAACUCAAGUGGAAUUUAAAUGACAUUGGCCAGCUAUCAACAAAAGAUGCUUUUAUCCAUAUGAAAGGUCAUUCUCAGGUUUCAAACUAG